CUCGUGUCAGAAAAUCAUUUCUUGAAUAAAACAGAGAUCGUAUCAGCAUGAAACUUGCAAUCAGCACACUUGCCAUUACAAUAUGUCUUUGUGGCAUUACUGGUAUUCUCGCUGAUAACUAUCAUGGCGGUGCCGGAAGUUAUGGCCAUCCCGGAACAUAUGGCGGAAGUUAUGGUGGAAUUGGAGGAUACGGCAAAACAGGAUAUGGCGGAGGUCACAGUAGCUAUGGUGGUUACUCCGGAUAUGGCAAGAAGGGUUACGGUGGAAUCAGUGGUUACUCGGGUUACGGCAACAAGGGAUAUUCCGGAUAUGGCAAAAAAGGAGGUUACAUUGAUGAAACUACUAUUUACAUGCCACAACCGAUUCCAUAUGGUGUUCCUUCAUAUGGAUAUGCUUUCGCUGCUCCGUAUAAUCCAGCUGGUUCCACUGGUAUCUUUGGAGGAGAAGGUGCCUCUAUUGCAGCCAUUGGAGGUUUGUUUGUUGCCCUUGCAUUGCUGAACAGAAACAACUAAACAGCUGUCUUAUAACAACUGUGAAGUCACGCAGGACAAUACAGAACCCAAGACUGGAU